AUGAAGCUGUUAUACUGGAACCGAAGCACAGAUUGUUGCCACUGGAAUGGUGUGCAAUGCGACAAAGCAGGCCAUGUUAUCAGUCUGGACCUGAACAAUGAAUCAAUCACUGCCGGAAGUGAAAAUAUCACCUGUCUUUUUAGUCUUCAAUUUCUUCAGAGCCUGAAUUUGGCUAACAACUUUUUCAACUACGCACAAUUACCACCCGGGUUCAACAAUCUCACCAGUUUGACGUAUCUGAAUCUAUCAAGCACUAGUUUUGCCGGGCAAGUUCCAUCGAUUUCUCAAUUGAAAAGGUUGGUUACUCUUGAUUUAUCCACCCUUUACUUUGAAGGACCUUCUUCCCUGAAACUUGAGAUGCCAAAUUUGAAGAUGUUUGUUCAAAAUCUCACAGAGCUUAUUGAACUUCAUCUUGAUGGCGUUAACCUAUCAGCACAGGGAAAUGAGUGGUGCCAGGCCUUGUCUUCGUCAUUACUUAAUUUGAGAGUCUUGAGCUUGUCAAAUUGUUAUCUUUCAGGCUCUAUUCAUUCUUCCCUUGCAAAGAUUCAGUCCCUUUCGGUGAUCCGUCUGAAUCAUAACAAUCUAAAUGCUCCUGUUCCAGAAUUCCUUGCGAAUUUCUUGAAUUUGACAGCCUUGAAUCUCGGUUUUUGUAAUCUGUACGGAAAUUUCCCUGCAAGUAUAUUGCAGGUACCAACUCUACAGACGCUUGACUUGUCUUAUAAUACAUUACUUCAAGGAACUUUGCAAGAAUUUCCCCAGAAUGGAUCUCUACAGACCCUGAAUCUUAGCUACACCAACUUUUCAGGAGCACUACCAACUUCUGUUGGUAACCUUGGGAUGUUGUCCGAGAUAAAGCUAUCGAAUUGCAGUUUCAGUGGACCAUUGCCUUAUUUGAUGGCAAACCUCACUCGGCUUCUUUAUUUGGACUUGUCAUCCAACAUGUUUAUGGGUCCAAUCCCAUCAUUUCAGAAUGGGAGUAUUCCAUCAUUUCUGUUUGCUCUCCCAUCGUUGCAGAAACUUCAGCUUUCAAACAACCAUUUUGAUGGUCUACUUCCAGAGUUUCCCAAUGCAUCCUUGUCAAAGUUGGAUACACUUGAUUUGAGUAGCAACAAUUUAGGAGGAGCCAUUCCCGAGUCUCUCUUUGAACUCAAAAGGCUUAAUAUCCUAUCACUGUCAUCCAACAAUUUCAACGGCACUAUACAGCUUGAAAUGAUUUACAGGCUCAACAAUCUUGCCACCAUCGAUCUUUCAUACAACAGUUUGUCAAUUGAUGCAAGAGGCACUAAUUCUAGCUUUUCUCCCUUGUCUCGGAUCACCAGUUUGAACUUGGCUUCUUGCAACCUGCAAAGUUUUCCUUGCCUAAGUAACCAAUCACAACUGUUCCACUUAGAUCUCUCAGACAACCAAAUUGGCGGGGAAAUACCAAACUGGAUCUGGAAAGUCGGCAAUGGAACCCUCCGUUAUUUGAAUCUUUCUCAUAACCUCCUCGUGGGGGGAAAUCCCGAUGCUGCCACUAGAGGCUAUCUAUGUGGAUUACUCUAG